AUCAUGAAUCAUAAACUAAACUUUCGUAAACAACAUCGGUAAGGAGAGUGUUUCGCUGAUUAAUUUUUGGUCAAAUUCACUGGAAUCUCGAAUGUUAUUUCCAAAAAUCUGAUAUGGUGUGUUGUAAAUAAUCAUGAGUCUAAUUAAAGUAUCUCAAUGGGUAUUGUUCGCCUUGAUUCACUCGAUUAUAUUACCAAUUUGCGUAUCUCAACCGGUGGAUCCGAACUUACCGCUGAAAUGUCCAGAAAACUGGGUUCGUCAUGAAAGCUCAUGCUAUCGUUUUGUCAAGUCGCCAAUGCGGCCUCGCGCCGAAGCGUCGAAGAAUUGUUUGGCAUACGACGCCGAACUUGUUAACAUUAAUAAUCAAGAAGAACAUCGAUUUAUUACGCAAGAACUGAACUACAUCGAUCCCCAGCACAGAAGGUGGUACACUGGUGGUAAACAGCAAAGUCCAAAUUACUGGAUCAACGAAGGCGACGGAAGCUCUUUGGCUGAGCUGAGUCAGUUGUUUUUACCCGAACGAAAUGGCCAGUAUUACGGUUAUCAGCUAAAUAAAGAUUAUAUAGUAUACAACUUCUCCUCAAGUGGUUGGGGAUUCGAAAAAGUUACCGGUGACGAACACUUAACGUACAUCUGCGAAGCACCAUUCAGUAGGCUGGCUCAUUUGGUGAUCGAAGAACGAACUUUCACUUAUGGAAUCGAUAUCGACGAUCCGGAGAAAAUCCCUCGCGGACCGUACUUCGUCAAACAACCAGCACCCGUGGUGUAUGAUUUACAAAAGUCCGAGUCUAAGAUAGAUGUAGAAAUGACCUGUAUUGCCAAAGGAUAUCCGACGCCUACUUACGAAUGGUUCAAAGAGGACUACGAGAAUGAUAAAAUUAUUUCCAAACGAAUCGAUCCUAUGAAGAAUAACCGGUAUACGCUGUCUGGAGGUUCGUUGAUUAUCAACAGUCCUCAACAGGUGAUCGACCGAGGAUCGUAUUAUUGUAAAGCUUCCAAUAAAUUUGGCUCAAUUGUGUCAGAAACUGUUCUCCUGUCAUUCGGAUUUAUCGGCGAAUUUAAUUUGAAAAGAGCGGUCGAAUAUGGUCAGCAGAAUUGGGGAAAAUCUAUAUUUUGCGAUCCGCCUGAAUUUUACCCAAAAGUGAAGUUUUAUUGGGCUCGUAGUCGAUUUCCUGAUUUAGUCGAAGAAGAUAAACGUGUCUUCGUAUCAUUCGACGGCGCGUUAUAUUUCGCUGCGUUAGAACAAAUUGAUCAAGGAAAUUACAGUUGUAAUGUACUGAGCGAGGGUAAAGAUGCUUCUGCGGGUAAAAAUGGACCAGUUUUCCCAUUAAUCGUUCAACCAAAUGCCAACCCUCAACAGCUGCAGUUCGCCAACACUUUCCCGAAAGUUUUCCCCGAAGCUCCAAUCGCUGGAAAAGAAGUCCGAUUGGAAUGUGUCGCUUUUGGAUACCCGAUACCAUCGUAUAAUUGGACCAGAAAAGCGGGUCAUCUUCCAAAAGGAUCUUACAUGGCUAAUCACAACAGAGUCUUGAUUAUCCCGAAAAUUCGUAUGGAAGACGAAGGGGAAUACAUAUGUCGAAUAAAUAAUGAUCAGAGUAUCAAAGAAGCCAGUAUUACUUUACGUAUUCAAGCCGAACCGAAUUUCACGAUUCCUAUCACCGAUCGACAUGUGGAUUGGGGCACCGAUCUUACAUGGACUUGCGAAGCCUUCGGAGUGCCAGAUGUUUCCUAUAAAUGGUAUAAAAAUGGGGAACCCUUGAUACCUCAAGACUUGCUUACGCAAGAUAGCGCAAGAUACAUCAUUCAAGACAAUAUAUUGACCGUCAAAUAUGUGGAUGAAAGAGAUAACGCAAUGUAUCAGUGUCGUGCUAAGAAUACUCAUAAAGUUACCUAUUCCUCAGCACAGCUCAGGGUUUUGAAAUUGGCGCCCACAUUCAAGAAGAGACCUCUAGAUGCGGAAAUUUAUGCAGGUGAAAAUAAUAGAGUGUCGAUCAUUUGUAAUCCGGAAGCGGCUCCUAGGCCUAAAUUUACGUGGAAAAAAGAAGAUUACAACAUCGGUAGUGGCGGUCCAAAAUAUAUAAUCGACGGAAAUCUGACGAUAAAUCCGGUAUCCAGAUCUGACGCAGGAAGAUACACUUGUAUCGCAGCCAACGAAUAUGGAUCUGAUAGAAGUGUCACAAAAUUGACCGUUUUACGUUUACCUAUGUUUGUCGAAGCUUUACCUCAGAAAAUAGGCGCAAUCGUGGGUCAAAAUUUGGAAUUGAGAUGUUUCGCCGCUUCGGAAGAUCUUCUAGACGUUGCUUAUGUUUGGUAUCACAACAGUCUGAGGUUGCAAACAACCCAAAGUAUAUAUUCUUUAUUGGUGAUCAACGGAGGCUCUUUAUCAUUUUACAAUAUGUCUUUCGCGAAUGCUGGUACCUACCAGUGCGUAGUGAAAACCGUAGUGGGAUCUUUGUCUUCGACUACUGAACUCAGAGUAGAUGGGCCGCCCAGUCCUCCUGGUGGUGUACAAGUUCACGAAGUUAUUAAAAAAAGUGUUACUCUGAGAUGGACAGACGGCGCCACAAACGGCAGACCUAUCUUGUUUUACAUCAUUAGCGCUCGUACCAAUUGGAAUAGCGAAUGGAGAAACGUGUCUCAAACUGCCGUUUCUCGAAGGCUCGAUGUGUUCACUGAUCGAAAAGAAGUUACAUUAGAAGAUGUGGUUACUCCUUAUGCAUCGUAUGAAUUUCGUAUUUACGCGGUCAACGAACUAGGUACUAGUUUACCAUCGGAAACUUCGCCUCAAUACAAUAUCCCUGCCGAUGCACCUUACGUACAUCCUCAAAAUGUAUCCGGUGGCGGAGGAAAAAUUGGAGAUCUUACUAUAACUUGGACUCCUCUUCCGCUCGAAGAUCAUAACGGACCUGGAAUGUAUUACAAGGUGUAUUGGAGAAGAAAAGGUUUUGAUAAAGAGUUCGCGCAUCAAGUUCUGCGAAAUGCCACCAAACAUGGAAUCGCUACUGUGCCUAUACCGUCCGAGUUCUAUUACACCGAAUACGAAGUUAAAGUUCAGGCUGCCAAUCGUGAAGGAUAUGGUCCCGAAUCUCCGGUAGUUACAAUAUUUUCGGCUGAAGAUAUUCCGCACAUUCAGCCUCAAUCUUUAAUCGCUAAGCCGUACAAUUCGACCGCCAUUAAUGCAACCUGGUCACCGAUUUCUCUAACUAGAGAGAAUAUUCGUGGAAAAUUAAUCGGGCAUCGGCUCAAGUAUUGGCUGGAAGGUGCUAUAGAAGAUAGCGCAACGUAUUACUUGAACCGUAAUACUGAUUCGUGGGCUUUGAUCGUCGGUUUGCAACCAGAUACGUAUUAUUACAUCAAAGUUAUGGCAUUCAAUGUCGCCGGUGCUGGACCGGAAAGUGAACGUAUCUUAGAGAGAACUUACCGGAAAGCUCCUUCAAAUCCUCCCACUUCUGUGUUCGUCAAAGGCGUUAACCCAUCCACAAUCAAGGUUGUUUGGAGAUACGUGGCUCCUAAUCAAGACGAAGAGCCUGUAUCCGGCUUCAAAGUGCGCGUUUGGCCCAUGGACGAAGAUCUCAGUAGAGCCGUUGAUACGAUAGUUCCUAUAGGAUCAACAUUAGAAGCCUAUGUGUACAAUCUGUUACCUGGCAAAAGAUAUUAUACCAGAGUAUUAGCGUACUCUAGUGGAGGUGACGGACGUAUGUCGUCUCCAGCCAAUAAGUUUCAAAUGGGUCAUGAGGAAUCUUUUGUGAAUUCAGCUCACAGAUGCGCCAGCCAUUCGUUGACAAUAUUAAUUUUAUUAUUCGUCUUUAGGUCGAUUUUACUUUAAACAUCGACGUGUGAUUUACCACCGAUUACAUUCCUAUCGUGGAGCUAUCAGGCUUAGAGAAACAUUGUAACAAUAUUCCGCUCAUUUUAAAACACUGUCCAACGUUGUUUUAUAUUUUUGUAAUUUGUAUGUACAAAUAUUUAUUUGUUUUGUAAACUAUAUUUUUUGUACUGUGUAUGUUAGGAAGAAUUUUUAGUGUAAUCAAACGAAUCACCAGUGGUACCGUAUAUUAUGGUGGUUCAAGAAGUCGUCUCAUUCAAUUUUUAUGUUCAUUGGUGUGGAUAACAAUAAUCAUAUACAUGUACUACGUCAGACGAUGAUUUUGUUACCGUUACACGUUAGAUUUUAUUUUAUACUGGUGAAGAGUUACGAAUCUCUCGAACUUUUCACGAUAUUUUGUGAUAAUUCAGUAUUUAUUCGUAUGUAUUUAUGGUCUGGAAAAUCAAGUGCCUUGAAAUCGAGAUUCUCAUUCCUGCCAGCGACAUUUUUUCUAUUUGAUCUUUUUUUUAAAUCUCAGGUCCUGGCAUUGUGAUUUAUUUUAUCUAAUUUUUUAUAAAUUAACUUUCGUAUCGCUAUCACAAGUAAAUUAUAUGCAGUAUUAUUUUUACAUAUGUAUUAUUCAUAUCGCAAGUUAUGAUGUAUUUUUGAAAUCACAGUGACUCUGGCGUUGAAAAUACGCGUUUCAGUAUUCGUACCAAUUUUAUAAUAUGAAGCCGUCCGUUUACUUAUAGUUCUAUUGUUCUAAUUUUUAUAAUAUUAUUUAAGUUUUUAUACGUUUGUAUAUUUUUAUUCUAAAAAAAGAAAUGAUCUGGAUUUUUUUACAAUAUAAAUUUGCACUAUAA